GUGAAAUUGCCGCCAACUCCUAUCGCCGACAGCCUUCUUGAAUUUGUAGCAUCACUUGCAAACAGAAGGCUCCUGAAAGCCAACUCCCACAACCAUGGAUAUCCGACUGCUGCGGCCCUCUGACAUACCGCAUGUUCAGCAUGCCAACAUUACCAAUCUGCCAGAAAAGUAAGACCUCCAUUUCGCCGUCAAUCGGGUUGCGCCAGCCAGAACAGAGCUGACAUUCAACCCUAGCUAUUUCAUGAAAUACUAUCUCUACCAUGCCCUCUCCUGGCCUCAAUUAUCAUACGUAGCAGUCGAUGUGUCAAGGCCCAAGAAGACGCCCUAUGAUUACCCCCGUAUUGUCGGGUAUGUGCUGGCAAAGAUGGAGGAGGAACCUGCGGAUGGAGUGCAGCAUGGACAUAUCACCAGUCUGAGUGUGAUGCGAACACAUCGACGAUUAGGGAUCGCGGAGAAGUUGAUGAGACAAUCUCGUACGUUCUGCCAAAAAUAGGCUCGUACAAACGGUUGACUGACAGGUCUUAGAACGAGCUAUGGUUGAAACCUACGGCGCCCAAUAUGUAUCCCUCCAUGUUCGUGUCUCAAACAACGCCGCUCUCCGUCUCUACCGUGAUACCUUGGGCUUCAAGAAUGAGAAGAUUGAGGCGAAGUAUUAUGCCGAUGGGGAGGAUGCUCACAGCAUGAAGCUAGACCUUGGCUUUAUUCGAGAGCAGAUCCUGGACGAGGAGGAUGAAGACGAAGGAGGGCCAGUUGGAGAAAUGGGGAAGAAGAACGAGGAUCCGGAAGUAGAGGCCGGACCAAAGAAGAGGAAAGUCAGAGUGGGGAGAGGUUUGGGUAUUGGCGAUUUGGUGGAGAAGAACGAAAGUCAAAAAGCUUAGAUGACCAUGGGUUGUGCAACGGCAUAUUGGGUGUUCGUGGAUAUCUUGGGGAUUUACUGCUGGUAUGGAGUAUAAAAAGGAUUCUCUUUAGGCAUGAGAUAUAUCUUGUAGAGAGAUUCGAAAUAUGCAACAUUUUCAACGAGA